AUGUCUGACCCCCCACCGAGAGGGCAGGGCGCAAGACCCCCCAGGGCAGUUCCUAGAAGCUGUUGUGGGGGGGGCUCAGGCUCUGCACCACCAGCUAUCCCACCAUCGGUCGCUGGCUCAUCGUCCUUGGGCGGUGAUGCCUCGCCAAUCUCACCAGACCCUACCUUGACUAGGGAUACAUACUCGACAAUUGUGCCAGCUCGAUCUCACCACACGUUGCCUUGCUGCAGGUCCUGUUCCACCACAGGUUCUGCCCAUUCAUCCCAGUACGAGUCUGACUUGGGGACGGCCCAACCCCAGGAGAUGGAGGUAGAGGACACUCAGGAAGACGAAGAGGUCUCGAGGGACCCCUCUGUCGACCAACUUUUGGUCGAGGAUCUUUCGGGGGACCUCAAGGUGUUGACCACUUCCAUUGCAAAAGCCACAGAUUGGGUUCUGCGGGCUGCGCACCACGAUCCGCUCUCCAUCGAUGGGGGCAAUGCUUUCGCGGCUCAGAUGAUGGCCUUUGUGAACGCCAUUGUAGCCACUGAUUUUGGCAGGAUUCGCGGAGUAGGCGAUCUUGUGGAUAUCUCUCUCGCCUCUAUGCUUGAGGCUGAGACAUCCUCCAGGGAAGAGUCAACCAUCCACCCAGCCCCUGUCUUCCGUCCUCCUCCCCCUGCUAUUGAGAGGUCUUUGUACUCCCCCACAUAUCCCUAUAGGACUCCAGUGGACUCCAGUGGAGUCUGGUAG